AUGUUCAUGGAUGUUUCACUAGUAAUGGAUCCUAUAAUCAAUCAUAUUUCUAUAAAAUUAGUUCUUUGUCGCCAAACGUUAUUGCUGAACACUGGCCCAAGGAUUCUUCAGAGGAUCAGCCACUUGAAUCAUAGGAGCAUUAGUUCUUGUGCUCAAGAAAUCGUCCAACGUUCGAAAGCAUAG